GAGAAUAUUGACACCGGCAAGACCCCGGUAUUCAUUCUAAUUUCUAAUGCAUGUUGAUGUCGUUGAUGUAUUGGAAGCUGUCUGUGACGUCUGCUCUACUAAUACCUGUAUUUAGGGCCUUGCUAAUACCCAUUUUUUUUAGCUAAUAAGCGAAAUAAGGUAGUCAAGUUCGGAUCGGCCUCCUUAGCAAUGGAAUUUGAUGAAGAUGAUUUCAUCUUUAUUGAAUCUGACACACCAGCAGAGCAGUUGGAGACAUUGACACCACCCAGGGCUGAACAGCCAAAGUAUCAGCCUGCCUAUGGAAAACAUUCAAGCCUGGAUGAUGCAGAGCCAUCAACAUCAAAACCAAAACUCAAGAGAAGCUUUAGGACAAGCCCUGAGCCACAAGGCCUGGACUUGGCAGGUCAGUCUCGGCCAGGUACUAGCGGCAAGAAAAAGAAGAAAGGUGCUGAUCCAGACAGCGAGGAAGAACGCUGGCUGGACGCUCUAGAGGAGGGCAACCUCGAGCAGGUGGAUGAUGAGCUGAAGAAGAUGCGGAACCCGCUGCUGAUGACCGCCCGUCAAAGGGCCCUGCUCGACAAACGCUCCGGCGAUGACAGCAUGGAGAGCUUUCCGGCGGAGCCGCUGCUGGCGCUGCCCUCCGGUUACCGAGAGAAAACUGAGAUGACGGCGGAGAUGGUGGAAAGACACAAAAAGAAAACCGAACGACGUCGAGAACAGGCCAAAAAGCAUCGAGAAGAAGAAAAGAAAAAGACCGUCAGUCGACUGCUGAACAAGUCCGAGUCUCGGGCUGGCCGCGGCGCCGCUAAAGCCAAGGCUGCUGCCGCCGCUGCCGCUGCCGUUCCUGCCAUCGUGUACCGACAAACUGUGACUGGGUCCGAGCUGCGCCUACCGGUCGGAGUGGCCGCCCCGAUCUCCGCUCAGCCUCCCAGGGCGCCGCCGAAGCCACGACUGUGCGGUGUGGCCGGCUGCUCCAAGCCGCGCCGAUACAGCUGCUCGGUGACUGGAGUCCCCCUCUGCAGUCUGGAGUGUUUCCGAGCAAUAGCGGCGCAGAGGGCGCGGACGCAGAAAACACCAACGGUCAGCGUGACGUCGUGACGGGGGCGCGCCGUGAGUGUGACAUUUUGAUUAUUGCGUGACCGUGUUCUCGUUUGGGUGUGAUCAUAUUUUGUAAAGAUUCACCUCAUCAUCAUCAUAUCAUUAUCAUUAUUUGCCAAAAUACAAUGAAGUGGGUAAA